AACAGACCCAGGAAGCUCUUUUCGCAGAAAACGAAACUCAGAAAUUUUCCUUUCUGAGUGAGUGUGUGAGUGCAAGAAAAUGGCAGAAGCCAGUAUUUCAGUAGAUCAGGAUCGGUUCAUCUGUCCAGUGUGUCUGGAUCGUCUGAAGGAUCCAGUGACUACAACCUGUGGCCACAAUUUCUGUAAGGUGUGUAUUAAUGGCUUCUGGGAUAAAGAGGAUCUGAAGGGCGUCUACAGCUGUCCCCAGUGUAGAGAGACUUUCACUCCAAGGCCUGUUCUACGCAGGAACAACAUGCUGGCUGAAAUGGUGGAAAAACAAAAUAAGACUGAACUCCAAGCUGCUUCUCCUGCUCACUGUUACACUGGACCUAAAGAUGUGGAGUGUGAUUCCUGCACUGGGAGAAAACGUAAAGCCAUUCAUUCCUGUAUGGAGUGUCGGGCCUCCUAUUGUGAAGAUCAUCUUAAACCUCACUUAGAGGGUCCUGCCUUUAAGAAGCACAAGUUAGUUGAACCCCGUGCAGAGCUCCAGGAGAAGAUCUGCUCUCAGCACGACAAACCGAUCGAGAUCUACUGUCGUACUGACCAAAGCUUCAUCUGUUACUUGUGUACGAUGGAUGAACAUAAAGGUCAUGAUGCAGUUUCAACUAAAGCAGAAAGAACUGAAAAACAGAAUGAGGUAAAGGAGAAGCAGAUGAAAUCCCAGCAGAGGAUCCAGGAGAAGCAGAAGAAGGUGCAGGAGCUGAAACAGACUGUGGACACUAUUAAGAGGCGUUCACAGUCAGCAGUAGAUGAGAGUGAGAAGACCUUUACUGAGCUGAUCAGUUCCAUGGAGGAAAAGCGCUUGGCGGUGAAGGAGCUGAUCAGAGCUCAGGAGAAAGCUGAACUGAGUCAAGCUGAACGACUCCUGAAGCAACUGGAGCAGGAGAUUGCUGAUCUUAAGAGGAGAGUCACUGAGCUGGAGCAGCUUUCACACACACACGAUCACAUCCACUUCCUCCAGAGAUUCCCGUCUCUCUGUGCUUCUCCUCAAAAUGAGGCCUCACCCAGCAUCAUCGUCAAUCAACAUCUCUCAUUUGAUGGAGUGAGGAAAUCUCUCUCAGAUCUGAAAAAACGAGUGGAGGAAAUCUGUGAGGAGGAAUUCAACAAAAUCUGUCCACAAGCUGCAGCACUUCAGAUAUUACCUUCACAGCAGAAAAGCAGAAAGGAUUUUCUGCAGUAUUUCUGUUAUCUGACUCUGGAUCCCAACACAGUACAUCCUUCCCUUAUUCUGUCUGAGAAAAACAGAGCGGUGACACGCAGUAGGACACAACAGCAAUGCCCUGAUCAUCCUGAGAGAUUUGACUACUGGCCUCAGGUGUUGUGUAAGGAGAGUGUGUGUGGACACUGUUACUUGGAGGUGGAGUGGAGCGGUAAUGUGUCCAUAUCAGUCUCAUAUAAAGAGCUCAGCAGGAAAGGGCAGGGUAAUGAGUGUGUAUUUGGGUACAACAGUCAGUCCUGGAGUCUGGUGUGUUCUCCUUCCUCUGUCUGUUUCCGGCACAACAACAUUAAAACUGUACUCCCACAUCCAGCAUCCUCCAGAAUAGGAGUGUAUGUGGAUCACAUUGUAGGAACUCUGUCCUUCUACAGCAUCUCUGGCACGAUGAGGCUCCUCCACAGAGUCCACACCACAUUCUCUCAGUCUCUAUAUGCUGGGUUCUGUGUAGGUACUAACUCAGCUGUGAGGUUGUGUGUUCCAAAAUGAAAUGUUAGUAAAAGAGUUUAACUGAGGUGAGAGAUUUAUUUUCACCCCGAGCUACAAUGCCACUUUAUAAACACUAAUUAAAUAUUGUUAUUCUACCUUUUCUUCUUUUUCUGGCAGCCCAUAGAACCGUAUGGUAAAAUGUAAAAUUCUGGACACUGAUUGGGGAGGGUCUAAGGAACGUUCUGGCCAAAUGCUGCACCACUGUCAUGUCAGAUUUGGGCCUAAUAUGGAAGUAUGUUUAUGGUCAUAACUUUUGAACCGUGUGUCCUAAAUUUAAAAGCCUGGGUUGACACGAGUUUAAUGUACCCUAUGACUUUCCACCUAAUUAGAAUUUAUGCCAUCUUUGAAAAACGUUUGUUUUUUUUGCUACUCCUCCUACACAUUUUGUACAAUCAUCACCAAAUUUCGCAGACAUCAUCUUCAGAGUAAGCCUCACAAAAGUUAUUAAAACAAUCUUGAAUACUCCAAACCAUUUGUCCAUAAAGGGCCAGCCAAUCUGACAGCGAAGCUGGCAAUUUUUUAAUAAAAACAACAAACAAACACAAUACAAAUGCUGCCCAUUUAUUCAUCUAGAGCUUUCCUCCUACAAUCACAGAAUUCCACCAUACACGUCAUCAGUGAAACUACAAAUCGCUCUUGAAUCCCUUUGCCUAAAGUUAUGGCUCUGUUUUCCUGUGAUAGCUUAGCCAACAAUUGUAGUAGGUCUGUGAAUGUCCGGCUCACCGAGUCUGGGUGCUUGGCCCCUGAAAAUGCUGCUUGCAGCUUUUAUUAUUAUUAUUAUUACUACUCAACUGCAUAUUUUCUAUUGAUUAAUAAAUUACAUAAAUAAUAUCUUAUUGCAGACUGCAGAAUGUUUCUAGAAAAAAAAUGUUAUCAAACAAACUAUUUAACUGUAUGCAUGGUUAGCAAAUGUAUUAUACUGGUAUGAAAAAUUUCUAAUGUCUCAAAAAUUCCGUUUUGGCUUUGGCAAAGACGGUUUCUUUUGUAAUAAUAAACUUUACU